AAAAAAAAAGCGUCUUACAUAAUAAUAAUAAUAAUAACAAUAAUAAUAAUAAAUUGCAUAUGUAUACACACAAGCCUAUUUUUACUGAUAAUAAGACUUCUGAAUGGCCACUUGAAGAAUAUGAAGAAAGACGUAUUAUGAAUGCAAUUAUACAACAACAGAAGCAACAAGUUUCCAUUCUUUGGUCUAACACAGAGGAGGAAGAAGUAACAUCACCUAUUUCAACUUGUUUUCCAGAAAAAAACUUAUUUACAUCUAAUAUAAUUGGAUACCGUCGACAAUCUACAUCAACUUCUUUAAGGUGUUCCAUAUGUCAGCGUCGAUUUCAUUCAAAAGGCAAUUUAUCGAAUCAUACACAACUUUAUCAUUAAACAAACAAACAAAAAACAUACAUACAUACAUACAUACACACACACAUACGCGCGCGCAUACACACAUACCCUCGUCUCCUAUAAAAUAUCACCUCUUUAUUAUCUUCUCUUUUUCUUCUAGUUUGACGCAAUUUCUUUUUUUUUCCUUUAUAAUUAUUCAUGUUUUUUGUUGAUUUUAACCUUUGACAGGUAUUAUUUUUUUUUUCCAUUGAUUGGAAAAGAAAAAAUAAUAAUAAAAUAAAAUAUUUUGAAACUAUUUUAAAAGUCC